GAGCCUUGGAUGUAUGACAACCUCCCCGGUAUUCCUGGAGCAUGCCUACAAGUGCUCACAUGUGCUUACACACACCGCCGGCCUCUCCAAAAUCCAGCUUCGCGGAUACCUACUAAGGUAGGUAAAAGGCCAUCCCAGUUCAUGCUCAGCAGCCUACGAGCAGCAUCUUGCACACACGGCGUGUGAUCAAUUUACUACCAUGGCACCCCGCACCCGAGACGAGUUGCUGGCAUACGGCAGCAUGGAUCCUGUCAUGGCUCAAACACUUGCAACAAACCCCAUGCGGGCUCCUGAGCCAUCAGACCCGUAUUAUGGGCGCAACGACUUUCUAGCUGUUCGGGCACACAGCGCCCAGAUCUUGAAGGAGAAGCACGGACAGAGAUACAUCCCAGGACCGAUCCCGGAGCAGGUUCAUGAGGAGGACCGCAAAAUCCCGAUGCGAGACGGCAGUGAGAUCAAUGUCCGCAUAUAUCGGCCAGUAACAAGCGAGAGCAUCACCCGUCCAGAGACGAAGUGCCCGUUGAUUGUAAUGUUUCACGAGGGCGGAUUCUUCUUGGGAGACUAUACGGACCAGGAGGUCAACUGCAGACUCUUUGCCCGAGACUUGCAGGCCGUCUGUGUCAACGUAGAGUAUCGUUUGGCACCAGAAAAUCAGUUUCCAAUCUGGAUUGAUGAUUCCUGGGACACACUACAGUGGGCGGCGAGCAACGCCGGCACACUUGGCGCUGAUGCGUCUGCGGGCUUCAUCAUCGGCGGAGUGUCGGCAGGCGGCAACAUCGCCGCAGUGCUCGCUCACCUGGCGCGAGACAGGGGACUGUCGCCUCCGCUGACUGGUCAAUACCUGUCGGUACCGCCCAUCACGAUGUACCUAGAGCCGUCUGAGAUGCCUGCGCAGUAUCGCGAUGAGUACCUGGGCCACCCAGACAUUACACCAAACCAGGAUCCAGUUCUGAGCAGCCAGGUUGGGUCAGAGGCCCGGGCAAAGUAUCAAACCUUGCUCAACACCAACUAUGAGAGUCCGCUGCAGGUGCCAUUCCUCUUUAGGACACAACCAGGUGGCCACAAGGGCGUGCCGCCUGCAUACUUUCAGAUAUGCGGGCUCGACCCGCUGCGUGACGAAGGUCUAAUAUAUGAGCGCGUGCUGAGGGAAGAGGCAGGUGUGGCGACACGAGUGGACGUGUACGGCGGGUACGGUCACUGCUUCUGGUCCAUGUGGCCAGACUUGCCCCCGGAGCCGCGAGUUUGUACAAGACACUGUCAGGGGGAUGGCGUGGUUGCUGGAUCAGUCCAAGUGACCUGACAGAGGUGCUGUCAGUGAGGGGUACGGGUCGAAGUGAAUCUGGCUGAUGCGAGGACCACCCAUGGGUGCAACAGGUUGAAGUAUACCUUCUGGAUAGUGUGUGUUUAUUACCUAC